AUGAAUACCGUGUUGUUGAUCCUAGCGGGACUUUCCGCAGUUCUGGCGCAAACUCCAACUACUGAAUCCCCGCUGGAUCCGAUGGAGUUCUCCUACCUGACACUGUGGAAGUACGCCGAAACAGAAUGUGGGAAAAAAGGUAUUAACGGAUCGGAGAUCACAAACUCAUGGAUCGGCGUUCGUUCUUGCCUGCGCAGCAAGCUGGAUGUGGUUCAGUUCAAUUUGGAUUCGUUACGGCUGGAUUUGGACACGCAAGAAGCGAUCCUGCAAAAGCAUUGUCCGAAGUUGAGGAAAGCAACCGAUUGUUUCGAUCCCUUUAUGAAAACCGUCAAAAGAUGCGUCCCGGAUGAAAACUACGAAAUAUUUGAAGCUUUGCAGCAUUGGGUUGCGGAUGUUUUGGAACAUAUCUGUAAGGACAAUGGUGCCCAAAUAAAGUAUGACAAGGCCAAACACGAAAAGUGUGCCAGAGAGGUUGGAGCGUACAUUUUUGAAUGUGCUGCGCAAAACAUUAUCGCCAAACAGUACGAGGACAGAAAAUCGUUUAACGAAGAAGAUUGCAGCAUGCUGGUCCGGGUGAAGGAUUGUUUGGUCAACAAACUAAGCGACUGUUCGGUAUUCUCCGUAAGCGCUCAACUGUUUUACGACAAUUUCAUACAUAUUACCUCGUGUGUUCGAUAG